UGACAGUUGUCAUCCGCGAAAAUUGUUUGACUUUCAAUCUUAUCAACGUAUCAAUGUAUCAACGUGAAGGAAAAAAUUCAGCGACAAUGAAGACGACAAUUGUCUUCUUGUCCAUGAUGGUUGCAAUCAUGGCCGUAGAUUUACCUAAUGGUUUCAAAAUUUGUAAGCUAUCGGAUCCGGAUAUCAUCAAAUGUUUGUCCGAGGCUAUUACAAUAGCAUUGAGUGUUUUAAUUAACGGUGACAGUGCAUUGAAAAUUUUACCUAUCGAACCGCUGACAAUCGAUUACAUGCGUAUCAAUAGUUCCGGUCCGGUAUCGUUAAUACAAGAAUAUCGGAAUAUGAAGAUUCACGGAAUGGCGAAAAAUGUGCAAGUCUUCGCAAAGAAUUUCGACGUAAAUACAUUCGCACUCUUUUUGGAAGCCUUUAACCCUCAAUUGAACAUAACUUGUGACUACGAAUUUAAUGGAAGAAUUUUACUGUUGCCACUUCAAGGAAAGGGCAAAGGCAAAAUGACGCUUUAUAACACAACGAUGACAAUUGAUGUAGAAUACGAAAGGUAUGAGAGACAUGGAGAAAGUUAUCUAAAGCUCAAGAAACUUAAUUUUUACAUCAAAGACACAGAUAUAAAAGUAUAUUUCGAAAAUCUCUUUGGCAAGGAUUCAAAUUUAGGUGAAGAGAUGAACAGAUUAUUAAACGAAAACGCCAAAAUAAUCUUCAAAGAAAUUAAACCGGCUUAUGAAGAGCUUAUUAAACAGGUUAUCGUUGAACUAGCCGAUAAAAUUUAUUCCAACUUUCCGAUAAAGAAACUCCUUCCACCCGUGUAGGCAAUGACCAACUUUGUCGUCAC